UUCUAGUUUAAACCGCGGCGGCCAGGCGUUAACUGUAGCUUGAAGGUUGGGUGUGCCGUGCGCCUGCGCGAGCUGCUGGACGCUAACGGAAUCCUGCGGAGCUUCGCUAGGCCGGCAGCGGGAGUCGGUGCGGCGAGCGGACCUCGGCGGGGCCGGUUUUUCUCGAAAACUAAUGGCAGUGGAGGUACAUUGAAAUAAGGUGGUACGGCAGAAGCUAGCCUGACUGACGAAACUUGUCAAUGAUUGUACUUCAUAUUGCAAGGAGAGCCUGAAGUCAAGGGUUUCCCACUCUUAAGUGGUUUUGAUGGCAGAGAGAAGAAGGUCCUACAGUGGAGGGGAAGCAAUGGAGGAACUCAUGGAACCCAGUGGACAAAAAUGGGCCAAUAUGGAUCCAGAAGAAAGAAUGUUGGCAGCCACUACAGCUUUUACCCAUAUCUGUGCAAGGCAGGGUGAGGGAGAUGUCAGGAGAGAUGCCCAGUCUAUGCAAUAUGAUCCCUACAGUAAAGCCUCAAUAAUUCCAGGAAAGCAGCCUCUCCCUGUGCAACUGCAGUACCCACACGUAGAAAGUAAUGCCACUUCAGAAACAGUCUCAGAGGCCUCUCAAAGACUCCGAAAGCCAGUGAUGAAGAGAAAGGUGUUGCGGAAGAAGCCAGGAGGGGAAGUCUUAGUGACAGAUGAGUCAAUUAUCAGUGAAUCGGAGUCUGGUACAGAAAGUGAUAUGGAUCUCUGUGACUUAAGACAAAAGCUGAUGAGUCUGCAGUUCCAGGAAGACAGGGAAUCUCCAGCUGACAUUUCACAAAAAUUUAAUUUACCACAUGAAUACCAAGGAAUUUCUCAAGAUGAGCUCAUUUGCUAUCUACGAAGAGAAGGAAUGGCCCCUCCAGCUUAUGAACAAGACCUGAUUGUUGCCAGUCGACCAAAGUCCUUUAUUCUCCCAAGGCUGGACCAGUUGAGCCGAAACCGGGGCAAGGUAGACCGCGUAGCCCGAUACUUUGAGUACAAACGAGACUGGGACUCAAUAAGGUUACCUGGUGAAGAUAAUAGAAAGGAAUUACGCUGGGGUGUCCGAGAGCAGAUGCUUUCUCGAACAGAACCCCAGUCCAAGCCUCAGCACAUAUAUGUUCCAAACAAUUACCUAGUGCCAACUGAGAAGAAAAGAUCUGCCCUUCGCUGGGGUGUUCGUUGUGACCUCGCAAAUGGUGUCAUGCCCAGGAAGCUUCCCUUCCCUCUUUUUCCUUCUUAAGUGUUUUUUUAACCUCUUUUAUGGGAUUGUUUGGGGGUAACCUGGUUCUUUCUCUCUUUCCUUUUAUUUAAGUAGAAACAACUAACUGAAAAGCCCAUGGAACAUUAUAAAGACAUCACCUACCAUUGGUCUUUCCUAAGUCUACAUCUCAUUGGUAUUAAAUACUACUUCACUUCCUAAUGACCACUCUCAAAUCCGGUAAUUGCAAGACAAAUGCCAGAGAAAGAAAAACAGAUCUGGUCUUUCACUUUGUCAGAUAGCACUAUUUCUGUUCUAUACUGUUUUUAACCUUUGGCCAAUGUGUGAGUUGCUGUCUUUAAAGUUGCUGGGUGUUAAGCUUACUCAUUAAAGAAUUUUUGGAUUUUGUGAA